AUUCUCUCUCUCUCUCUCUCUCUCUCUCUCUCUAGUCUUCUUCUCCUUUGGUUGUGCCUUCGUCCCCAUCCAUCUUCAUCGUCUCUAAUGGCGAUGGUCGACUAUCUGGGGUAUUCGAAGAUGGAUGAGCAGAUCGCCAUCCAAGAAGCUGCUUCGGCUGGACUAAAGAGCAUGGAACAUCUGAUCCGUCUGCUCUCCCACCAAAACCAGCCACAGAACCAGUUAGAUUGCAGAGAAAUCACAGAUUUCACUGUCUCCAAGUUCAAGAAGGUCAUUUCGCUUCUGAAUCGAACUGGUCACGCACGAUUUCGUCGUGGACCAUGUUCUUCUUUUUCGUAUUCUUCUUCCUCUGCUCCUUAUCUUUCUCAAACCUUAAGCUUAAAUCCAAACCCAUCUUUCACUCAAACUCCGACUGCGGUCCCUCAACCUCAACCUCAACCUCAACCUCAAACCCUGACGCUUGAUUUCACAAAACCGAAUCUGGUCAACCACAACACCUGUUCAAAUCUGAGUGAAGUUUCAACCAGUCAAUUCUCCAAGGACAGCUUCAGCAUCUCUCCUCCAAUGUCUUCCACUAAUUCUUCGUUCAUGUCAUCGAUCACCGGAGACGGCAGCGUAUCUAACGGCAAACUUGGAUCUUCUCUUUUCGUGGCUCCGGCGUCGACAGUCUCUGCCGGAGUCUCUCCCGGAAAACCACCUCUCUUGUCCUCGUACCGUAAAAAAUGUCACGGUCAUGGUCACUCCGAUGAUAUCUCCGGCAAGUACAGUGACUCUGGUCGUUGCCAUUGCUCUUCCAAAAGAAGGAAGUCUAAGAUCAAGAGAACGAUAAGAGUUCCGGCGAUUAGUUCAAAGAUGGCCGAUAUUCCUCCCGAUGAGUUCUCCUGGAGAAAGUACGGCCAGAAGCCGAUUAAGGGAUCACCGUAUCCACGGGGAUAUUACAAGUGUAGCACCUUAAGAGGAUGCCCGGCGAGGAAGCAUGUGGAGCGUGCCCCAGAUGAUCCGGCGAUGCUGAUCGUGACUUACGAGGGGGAGCACCGACACUCGCAGCAAUCGCUGCCGGAAGCUGUCGCCGGAGUUGGGAAUCUUGUGUUUGAGUCGACUUGAAGGGGGUUGUUUGACUAUGUUAGUUUUUUAUAGAAAUUAUAAAUGGCUUUUAGGGUUUUCGGUGUAAAUUAAAAGAAUGAGAGGCCUUUUUUUGUCAAUAUAAUCUCUCUUAAAUGUUUUAUUA